AAAGUUAUCGCCAGUCGUGACUUAUUAAUCGAGCAGGAACUAAAAAAAUUACACAAAUACAAAUACAUAUGGUACUUGUAAAUAAUAUUACAAAACAUGGAUGCCGUUGAUGACAAUCAGCAGGCGCAGCAUCUUGAAGAUUUGCCAGAUAACAACGAGGAACAGCAAGAUAGUGAUCACGAACAGAGGCCGUCUACAAAUGAGGCAAAAUGCUCGACAGCAGCAACAACUAGCGCUGGUGCUGGUGCGUGGAAACGUCAGCUUUUUCGGUUUCAUCCGUACCACGGGUCUAACAUACAUCUGGAUGACGAAGCAACAGUCGCCUUUCGUCGCACCAGCUUUGCAAAUGCAUUAACCUUCUCUGAGCGACCGUUGGCGCCGGGAGAUAUAUUCCUAGUUGAGAUUGAAAAAAUUGAGCGCGGCUGGUCGGGACACAUGCGUCUGGGACUGACUGAACUCACGCCUAAUGUCAUUGGUACGCGCAGCGAGGGACUUCCUCACUUCGCACUGCCGGAUUUGGCUAAUCUAGGAAAUAGCUGGAUCUAUCCGAUCUCAAAGUUCGAAAUGAAUCAGCAUCAAGACCAAACAGCGGGAGAGAGCAUGGAACCAAUGUUUGAACUACCACAGCGUAAUUUGCUUGGCGAUGCUACGCAUGUGAGAACGCCGCGUGGACUUCUGCCAAAGCGGCUGCUGCGACCCUCCAUGGACAAUGGCAACUCAGAUAUUUUGCUAACGGAUCGAGGUUCGCGCAUUGGUAUUAUUUAUGUGCCGACAGAGUAUGAUGCCUCCUUGGCCGAGCUGCACUUUAUUAUAAAUGGCGUGGAUAGGGGUCCAGUCUCAAGGAAUAUACCGCUGAACAAGGCCCCGCUUUAUGUGGUAAUCGAUGUCUACGGCACCACUAAGCAAAUACGCAUCAUACAGCUGGAAGGCAUACUCUCACUGCAAAGCGCUUGUAGGAACGUUAUAUUAGAGCAUGCAACAGCAGGGGAUAUUGCACUGCUGCCGUUGCCGGAGAGCAUAAAGCGUUUCUUGCUGCGCCGAGAUUAGUACACACCCACACACAGUCACGCUAUGUAAUAGAGUGCUGUGCAUGAGCUUGCGACGUGAUAGCCUGUUUACCCAUAAACACAUACAGACAAACUCAAUCUAUACACAUAUAAUUUGUACGCAUUGUCGGCAUCUGAAGUUGCUGUUCAUUGUUUUUUCGAGCCCAAGAGAUGGGGCCAACUAGUAGUGACCGUAUUGUGACUGCGAUUGAGGACGGCAAUGAUUUUCAAACGAAUUUCUGUAUUUUCAUUCUGUAGAUAUAUUAGCUAUUAGUACUUUUGGUUCCGUGAUACCAGUUCAUUAUAUUUAUAUAUAUAUUUUUAAUAUUCCAUCACACACAUUUUAAUUACAUCAAGUUCAUUACUUUCCUAGUGCAUCCACAAACUAUUUACAUACCUUUAAAUAUGUAUGAACAACAAGCCCCAAUUAACUUGCAAGCAAAGGCUCAAGAAUCUCCCAUACCAAGCACCAGUUUGCCUUUAGCCGUUUCGGUCUAUUUCAGGCGAUUUCCAUUUCCGUUAUGUACCUUUAAAAUAUAUAUUGUUGCUAACUGUAAGCUUAAAAGUUAAUAAUAAAAUACAUGUGUAGCUUGUAAAUCCUAUUUAAAUACUAUAAGAGAUCAAGUGUAAUAAAGGCAUUAUGU